AUGUGCACCGAUGAGAAUUCUGGCCGAGUGGAGAUUCAAUCGUGGCCAUUUCUCCUUCCACAUGAUUUAGUAGCUGCGAUGGUCAAGCAUGGGCAGUUGAAGUAUCUCACUCAGUUCGAGAAGAUGCAUCACUAUUGGGAGAACUUGUUGAGAGACUAUCCAAACCAUCCAGUACAUGGACAUGAGGCCACAAGUGUGCCUUUGACGCUCUAUGGAGAUGAAGGCCAAGCUCUUGGGGGAACAUGGAUGAAUUACCACUUUCGCCCUGAUCUAUCCCCCUGCAUUUCCAAUUCGGCCUGCAGCAGAUUCUUGAUUUGCACCAUUCCAUCGUCCAUGUAUGUCUUUGACGAGAAUGGAGUCAACCUUACGCUUCAAUCAGCUGCUGGGGCGAUUCGCGAUAGCUUCAACAAACUGUCGAGAGAUGGUGUUCCUUUGGUUGACCCUGAAACGGGUGAAUCUGUAUCUGUGCUCAAGUUUUGGGUUAUGCACUAUACUGGAGAUUGGAAAUUCCUUUACCAAACCUUCAACUUGGUUCGCUACGCAACCUUCGAGGAGAUCUGCUGGAUAUGCCUUUGCACAAAGGGCUCUACAGAUGUCUUGUGGAGCUUUACAAACUUGAAUGAUGAUUCGCCUUGGAUGAACACAUUUUUUACUCAAGACCCUUGGUCUGUGAGACCAGCGCUUGCUGAUGUUGAUGGCUUCACUAUGCGCAUGUUGUCGAUUGAUUUGCUCCACGCCUUUCAUCUAGGCGUGGGAAGGGACCUAUGUGGCUCUGCGAUUCGGAUCUUUGCCAGCCAACGGUGGGGUAUUUGGUCUGGAUCCAAUAUUGAGGCGCGCUUGGAAUUCGCAACCUCGAGACUGAAGGCUUUUGCGAGCAGAAAUCGGUUGAGCUUGACACUCAAGAAGCUUUCGCAAUCCAAUCUGACGUGGGAAACUCUGAAGUAUCCAGAGUUGAAAUGCAAAGGGUACGAUACAUACAUUGUGUUGAAGUGGCUUGUUGAAGAGGUCACAUUGCAGGAUUGUGGAAAUGACCUUUUGGCCUGUGCACUUUGGGCUGCUGACAGUUGGUUGCGUGUUUUGAGCAAGUCUGGGCUGUUCCUCACUCCAAAUGAAGAGUUGCACAAGCUUCAAGUGGGGAAUCUAUUCCUCAAGAGCUACCUCAAUCUUGCAGUGGGUGCGUUGGAGAAUCGCAAAAUGCUUUACAGGUUGCGACCCAAGUUCCACUUACUGUUCCACCUGGUGAAUGAAAACCGGCCAUCCAGGUUGAACUGCACUCUAAAUUCCACCUGGAUGGAUGAGGAUGCCAUGAAGAAGUGGAUGCGUAUAGCCCGUAUGGUUCACAAAAGAACAGCUGCAGAGAACACGUUGCGGCGCUUCAUCCUUGGCUUCCACACCAAGCUCCGAUUGGCCAAUGCGCCCCAACGCUGA